AUGUCCAAUUCACAACCCGAAUCCUCAAGUACAAGACCUGCUCGUCGUCGCCCUCGAGGUCUUGUCGCAUGUCGUCGGUGCAAGAGCCGUAAGCAGCGCUGUGACAAUGAGUUCCCAUCAUGUUCGAAUUGCCUCGCCGCAGGAGAGAAGUGCUCCUAUGGUGCCAAACAGGCAUACCCAGCAGAGUAUGUGAAGUCGCUCGAGCGUCAACUCUCACGGCUGCAACAAGAAGUAGCGUCGCCGCGACAAGAUGUCGUUGGUCCAACGAAUCAUUCUUCUAUUCAGCAUCAGACGCUAUCGAUGGUUGACACUCAAUCUGGUAGAAAUGAGAACCAGCCCACUAAUUUGACCGACACUGCAACUUCGGACUUGGAAGCCAGUGCUGGGAUCGUUGCUCCGUCGCCGGCUUCUUUCCUGGGAACUUCAAGUGGGUAUCCUCUUACAAAACUACUGCGAUCGGCAUUGCCCUCGGUAAAUGCACGCCAAACCGAUGGAGCAGGAGCUUCACACCAAGUAAAUGUCGCGGCUCGCUCAUUGAUAGGCGUGCGCAUCAACAUAGGGCAGCAGUCCGAGGGCGACCGUGUCUCUGACAGCUCCGAUCUCCCCAGCAAGGAGGUCGGUGAUAAGCUUAUCGAAGCUUACUAUGCAAGGGUGCACCCCAAGCAUCCUUUCCUAGCUCGGAAGAAAAUCCAAUCGCUACACGAGGCUAGACUGGAGCUCGUCCCGGCACACAAAGGUGUGCGUUCAGAUAGUGGGCGGAGUAGAUGUGACUACGCGACCUUGCAACUGGUGUAUGCCAUUGGAGCGCGUUACCUGCAGCUGAGCAACGAUGAUGAUCAUUAUUCGUCUCCAAAGCGAUACUAUGCCUGCGCGAUGGCAGAUUCAGAUACUAUCUUUGCAACCGGUAGUCUCGAGAGCUUGGAGGCAAUGCUUCUGCUCACGAUAUAUCAAUUAAGGUCACCGACUGGUCCUGGCGUCUGGUGGAUGAUCGAGACAACAAUGCGAUAUUGCAUCGAUAAUGGCCUCCAUCGACAAGCCACCAACAUCCCUCCAACUCUCGAUGAGAGACGGAAACGGAUCUUCUGGACGGCAUACAUGUUGGAGAGAUCAGUUGCGCGGACCAUGGGUCGACCUCACUCUAUUUCUGAUAGAGAUAUUGACGUCCCGCUCCCAGCCAACAUCGACGAUGAGCUGGACACUGACGAAGCCAUCCUUGCAGCAAUUUCUGAGUCGAAACAACAUCCUUCUCUGAUCACCACACUCACGCCAGCUAUUCAUAUCUUUCGGCUGCAACAGAUCGAUUCCAAGAUUUCAUACACGGUAUGUCGUGUGGACAAGAAUGUCUCCGCGAUAAAACCCUACAAAGUGGCUCGUCUUCGACAGUCUUUAGAAGAGUGGAAGGCUGCUAUUCCUCAGACCGAUCCCGAGAAUAAGCCGCAUCCUUAUCUCACGACGGACUAUCACAUGAUUCAAUACCAUAAAGCCAUCAUACUACUAAACCUCCCCUUCGUACCCACCCUCAUCCCACAGAGCCCGAACUUCCACGAGAUCGUCCACUCUGCCGGACAGGUCUGCUUCCUUUCAAAACGCCUUCAUGACCAGCAGACUUACAUCUCCUUCUCUUUACUGUCGCUGCAUGCCAACUUCGUCGCUGGCUUGGUCAUGGUCUACUGCUUCUGCCUAGACCCGUCAAUCUUUAGCCCCAAGUUCAGCAGCAGCGUGCGAGCAUGUAGCACGAUGCUAUACAUCAUUUCGGAGCGAUGGCCGAGAGCGGUUCAGGCUCGAAAUUCAUUCGAUCGUCUCGUCGCUGCCACGAUAGAAAGUGAUCAUGAAGCAAGCAACGGUCUCCUGAGGUCUGAGAAUGAUUUGAACGUGUCGCGGGAUGGUUUUCAGCCUGGCUUCGUGGCAGAUGAACCAGGACACCUAGAGGUCUGGAGUAACUUCGAGUCAAUACUUGGGGAUCAUCAGAUUGAUUUGGGAACUUGGAUGCAUGAUAGCAUAUUUGACACGAUGGGCACGUUUCAGCCGAUGGAUUGGACGGAGUAG